AGUGCUGUUCUUUAUCCUGCCCUCCAGUGGCGCUCCAGUGAUAGUGUUGAGUGUACAUUUUAACUUCUGGUCAUGGGACUGAGCACGCAUGUGUCAAAGCAAUCCCGAGAUACCACAUGUACUGUAUAAAUUCCCCUCAAGAACUACUAGCUAGUCAUUGUCUUCAGGUAACUUUCAUUCUGUCUUUGAAUUACUGAGAGCAGGUGCCUGGGCCCGAUGAAAUGAACUUCUCAGUCGACACAAACACGUCCAUCGUCCUGCUGAAGGAGUCUUUCAAAACAGCGCUGACCAAGAACAUCAUCGUUGUGGCGCUCUCCAUCAUCAUCAGCUACAUCAACGGUGUCAUGGUCCACACCUUCCUAAGACACGAGAUUUUAAACGAGGACCCGCGAUACAUGCUCUUCAUCCACAUGGUGCUUAACGACAUAAUACAGCUGAUGAUUGCAGUCAUGCUUCACGUCUUCAGCUAUGUGUUCUACGCCAUCAACGUGUCCUUCUGCUGCCUCCUGCUGAUGAUCGUCAUCUUCUGCACCCAGAGCACUCCUCUGUAUUUAGCCAGUAUGGCUAUCGAGUGCUACAUCGCCGUCUGUUACCCAUUACGACAUACCCAGAUCUGCACCGUCAGAAGAACUCACAUCCUCUUUGCCCUCAUCUACACAUUGGUUGCCCUCCCUGCUCUACCAGACAUCAUAGUUAUACUGGCUAUAGAACCGCUAAAUUUCUUCCACUCCACAGCUCUCUGCCUGCGUGAGACUGUCCUUCGAUAUCCUAUUUUGCAGCAGAAAAAGGAUAUUACAAACACGAUGUACCUGGUGUUUGUUUGGUUUAUCCUGAUUUUCUCAUACCUGAGGAUCCUCAUAGCAGCGAAGGCAGCAAAGUCAGACAGUCAAAAGGCUCGGAACACUAUCAUCCUGCAUGCUGUGCAGCUUUUGAUGUCAAUGCUGACUUACUUAGAGCCAGUAAUUUAUAAUCUCCUGCUGUACAUGUUCCCUAAGUACAUUCUAGAAGUGAGAUUCACAACCUACCUGAUAGUUCAGAUUUUGCCAAGAUUUCUCAGUCCAUUUAUCUAUGGUGUUAGAGACCAAACGUUCCGUAAGUAUCUAAAGAAAUACUUUUGUAACACAACUGUCCAUAAUAGAAAUGUAUCCAUGUCAAUUUGAAUUAAUCGUGCCACCUGCCAAAGUUCUGCCCUGAUUUCUGUUGUGUCAGCAGGGACACCUCAGGUCUCAUUUGUAUUUACCAUUAAUUCCGCUUGCCUGCAGGUAGAAUAUUCAGUUUGCUGAAAGUAAAUCUUCCAUAAUCAUGGUAACUUUGGCAGUGUUUUAGUAUGACUUGUUUUUCAGAAACUACUAUUUAGAAUGACAGCUCUGUGACAUUCACCAUAUGUAUAAAUAAAUAAAGGUCAUUAAUUUCUUAAAUUUAAUGGCACCAAGACCCUUUUGUAUUUUAUUUAUUUAACAGAAAUUUUUAUCCAAAGCAAGAUAUUUUGUUUAGAGAAAGCAAGGCCGCUCAGUUAGGGGCUCGCAAAGAUGAACUGAGUCUCCCAAGCCUGGGAUUUGAAUUUGCAACCUACCGAUCACAUGCACAGAAUCGUAACCCACUGAGACACACAACAC